UGGUGGGGGGUGGGUUUGCAGCAAGACACAGGGGCUGGAGUUGUUGUUGUGUGAUGAUUGAACAAACAUAAGCCCAACACGGACUGCCUAUCGAGAACAUUUUUGAUUUUAUGAAUUUUUAAGCUCUCUCAAAUGUGUUUUUUCAGAGUUAUGCAAUUUCCAGCUCCUACUGGCAAAUAUUGGGAGCCAGGGUUCAGUGUUUGAACAACCCUUUUAAUUUUGUUUUAACUUUCUAAAACAGUGGAUAGUAGGCAGACUACAAAGGAAUUAUGGUAAAUACCCCGCCUUCCCCUGCACCAGCAUUUUUCCGGAUCAGUGACCGGGACCUGACUGAAGUUGAACUACAUUCCGUAGACUCUAUCAAUGACUUGCACCGCACCCACUCACAGCAACUCCAUAAAGGCAGCAGACAGCUCCACCCCCAGGGUCCCCCCACUAAUGGCAACCUUCAAGUCUACAACAUGCCGGUCAUUUGUCAGACAGGGUAUCCAAGGAGACGAAGGUGGUACAAAUGGCUCUGUCGUUGCUGCAAAUCCACAGCGUGUCGAUACACAUGGGGGUGUGUGGUAGUCAGCCUGAUGUUGAUGACACUUUUUGUGAUCUUCUUUUUCUUAAUCCAGCAGGACAGUGCUCUGAGAAUGCUUUCCCAGGUGGUGCAGGACAGGCAAGCCACGUCCCUAGAGAUUUCCCAGCUUAUUCAGGAGUUGCAGGAGCUGCGAAGAAACCUGACGGCCAUCAAAGGGAAUCAGGAACGUUAACGGAGAUUCUCAGAGUACUCCUGGGGGGCCCAGAAACUGGAACUGUUUCUAUUGACUCACACUGAAACACUCAACACUGCCAUAGUACAUAUUAUUCUUUGCAGAUUGUACUUUAAUCAUUUCAUUCAAAGCACAUAUUCAGAGCACCUUUUUGGUAAACUGAACCUGGUACCAGAUUGUGAAAGAAACUGUUUUAAAAAGCACUAAAACUGUCAUUUAUACCAAACAGUA